CUCCAAUCAAGACGAACCCACAUGUCUUCUCCCUCCUAAUUCAGAUUUUGCUCCUUCAUUUCUCUCUCCUAUUCUCUAUUUUGCAAGUUCAAAGAAAAUUGUUCAAUGCAGAGGCCAAACGGGGGAAAAUGUAUCAGCUUAUAUGACUUAAAACCUAAAAAGUUAUCAGGAUUUUUGCAGUUUUCAGAUAUUCCUCUUGAGGGGUGUGGCUGCCUUGUUCAUUGAUAGCGUUAAAACCUGCAAGAGGCCUCAGUCAAUUGAGGUAAUUGCUCUAUGUUUGUUCAUUUUUAAAUUUUAAUACACCCAUACUUUUCAAAGACAAUCUAGUGUGAAAUCAUUGUAGCCAUGACAGAAUUGUUGAUAUAUUUGAGGUGCGCGUGCUUUGUUCUGAUCAAAGAAUCAGUAUGGUUAUUGGUACAGAUGAACCACAAUUUGUCACAAGAACCUCCCAAAACAUAUCAUGUUGCUCAUAGUAAUGCCAAUUUAGCAAAUAUUUCUCCUAGCGAUCCCCAAAUGGUAAAUAAAGCAGGAAAAAAUUCCAAAUCAACUAAAUAUUCAAAAAGUAGUACAUCUAAACCUGAGAAACUAGAAGGCAAGUUUGCUUCUGAUCCUUCCACCUCACCAAGAAAUGUGAAGACUAAUAGUUAUGGCUAAGGGAGUUGCAAUAGCUCUCGUAGCAAUAGUUUAGAGGGAACUUGUCCUCCUAUUAAGCCACAUACUGGUGGUGAUGGGCGGUAGGACACAAUUCAAAUGACUUCGAAGGGCAUCACUCUUAAUCUUACCCAUUUUCAGUUUCUUAAGCGUAUUGGGUAUGGAGACAUUGGAAGUGUAUAUCUUGUGGAACUUAAAAGGAUUAGGACCUACUUUGCCAUGAAGGUAAUGGAUAAAGAAUCUCUAGCUAGCAGAAACAAGUUACUAAGAGCACAAAUGGAAAGGAAGAUUCUUGGACUUCUUGAUCACAUAUUCUUGCCUACUUUAUACGCCUACUUCAAAACAGAGAAGUUAUACUAUUUGUUCAUGGAGUUCUACAGUGGUGGUGAUCUUCAUUCUCUUCGACAAAAGCAACCUAACAAGCAUUUUACUGAAGAAGCUGCUAGGUUUUAUGCUUUGAAGAUUCUGUUAGCUCUAGAGUACCUCCAUAUGUUAGGCAUUGUAUAUAGAGAUUUGAAGCCAGAGAAUGUCCUAGUUAGAGAUGCAGGCCAUAUCAUGUUGUCAGACUUCGAUUUAUCACUUCGUUGCUCAGUCAAUCUAACACUUGUCAAAUCUUCAUCUACUCAUCAUGUGAGUAACAAUAAUGGUUAUGGGGGCAUGAUAGAGGAUGAAUAUGCAGUGCAGGGUUGUAUUCAGCAACCAACUUUCUUCCCGCGAAUUCUACCUUCAAAGAAGUCUCGCAAAUCAAAAUUUGAAUUUGGUCCAGUUGGAGGUCCUCUUCCUGAAUUGAUGGCAGAGCCAACAAAUGUAAAAUCAAUGUCAUUUGUUGGGACACAUGAAUAUCUUGCUCCUGAGAUUAUCCGAGGAGAGGGACAUGGCAGUGCAGUGGACUGGUGGACAUUUGGGAUCUUUUUAUAUGAACUCUUGCAUGGAACAACACCCUUCAAAGGUGCAGGAAAUCGUGCUAUGCUUUUCAAUGUCAUAUGUCAGCCAUUGAGAUUUCCAGAAGCUCCUCAUGUGAGUUCUGCAGCAAGAGAGCUUAUAAAAGGGUUGUUAGUGAAAGAACCUAACAAGAGACUUGCCUAUACUAGAGGAGCAACAGAGGUUAAACAACACUCUUUUUUUGAAGGAGUGAACUGGGCUCUAAUAAGAAGUGCCUUGCCUCCACAUGUACCAAAUCUUGUAGAUAUUACUCAGUAUGCUUCCAAAGAAGCACUAGUCCCAAAGGAUAAGAGGAUGAUGGAUAUCUUAAAAGAUCAAAACAAACAUGGUGUUUAUAACUCGUACAUAGAUUUUGAGUAUUUUUAGCUGCAAAUUUGGAUUUGGAGUCAUUGGAAAGAAGAAACAGUGUAGAACCAACCCAACAUGAAAUCACAAACUUUAGGAAAACAAAUGUUGUAUGCAUAAACAUGUAUAUUCAUCCGUUUGAAUCUCCUUUACUUUCAGCUUCCAAUGUAACUUUUGAUGGUUACGGGUU